GCUCCCGCGAAACUGACGUUUCGACACUGUGUCGAGAUCCCGAAGCGUAAAUGUUUCGAAACACUGCUCCGAAAUGUGAUUCGAAACACCCAUGUCACGUGAUGAAGUGAUUCGAAACACCAAGCGGUGCAUUUCACAAGUAUUUCGAAAGGUGGCGUACCUGUCGAAUCUGUGUCGAAUCUUAAACUGACAGGGUAGGAAACAAAUCUGACAAUACCUCAUACAGUAGAUGCGUUUUUGGCAAGAUCAAAUACUAUAAAUUACUGAAAAUAAGUAAUUUUCCUCAUAGGUAUGUAACACUUAGGCUACUUACAAAAAAUGCAUGCCAGCAACAAGUGUCCCUUAUGUGAGAAUGUUUUCAAAGGCUGGAGAAAUUAUAUGUAAAAAAGAAGCUGGUUGAGUUUAUCAACACAGAACAAUUUAUAUAUUUGAAUAAAGAUCAAGUGAUUCGAAACACCAAAGUCACGUGACUAUGGCUUUGAUGCUUCGGCGCACUUCUGAAGGGUUUCGAAAGGUGGCGUACCUGCCGAAUCUGUGUUUGAUUGACAGGAUUUGUAACAAAUCAAACAAUCGCACAUAUGUCUUAACCUAACUCCCACAAAGUAUAAAAGUGUCGCAACAGCAUCUUCACCUCGUGGGUUUUUGUGAGGAGAGUGAUUUUGCGAUUGAGUGAUAGUUAUACAGUGACCAGUGACCUUGUGACAUUUGCAGUUCGAUUUUGAUAGUUAUAGUUAGGCUAGAUAUAUUAACAUUUAUUAACUGAUAGGCUAUAGAUAGUGAACUUUAGUUAGGAUAUAGUGGUAAAUUUAUAUAGGUUAGAUAGCAUCAUUACACAUAUAGAUUUUCAUAGGUGAUACAGAUAGGCAUAUUAUAUAGUGACAGACAGCAUCAUUACACAUAGAAUUUCAUAGGUGAUAGACAGAUAGAUAGGCAUAUUAUUAGAUAGUUCAUAAAAUGGAGGCUUCACGUAAGAGAUGCCGUCCAUCCAUUGUUUGGGAGCAUUUCCAUUUGGAAACCCCAAAUAAAGUAAGAUGCAUGUAUUGUGACAGGCAGCUUGCCUACUGUAACAAUACAUCAUCUAUGAUGCGCCAUUUGAGAAGUACUCAUCCUGCCCUUUUGGGAAAUGCUGAGGAUGGUAACAUUCCCUCUGUACCACCUAGGCCUUCUACUUCUGCUGCUGGGCCAUCUAAGCAAGGUAUACAUUGUCUGAAAUUUAAUUACAAUCACAAAGUGUUUGGGACAGUUGUGAAACUAAAAAGUUCUUAAUAGACUUAGGCUUGUGUCAGCCUAUCACAUCUACUUUUAAAACAGAUUUGCUGUUACUAUUUAAAUAUAACACUUCACAAGCAUAGCUACUUUAUUAAUUAUUUUUAAUAUGCCUAGAUAUGAUUGCUCAAUUUACAGCCAGUAAAGACAUCAUUUUGGGUGUCCUACUAGUUGUAGUUUUAAUAUUUAGUUUGAUCUGUCUCUGCACCUAACCAUACACUUUUCCAUAUGUAACUUAUUUGUAUGAGAAGGUUUAAAGAAAACGAACCUUUAGACUAGUCUUAGUAGUUGCACUUUUUAAAGCUAAUUUUUCAAUGUGUCUGUCUAAAAGAAUGGCUUAUAUUCUCUUUUAAAAGGCAGACAAAGGGAAUUGGAUGAGGCUCUUGUCAGCAUGGUGGUGAAGGAUUUGCAGCCAUUCACCAUCGUAGAGGAUAUGGGUUUCAGGGCUUUUGUGAAUAAGCUUGAUCCAAGCUACAUCCUACCAUCCCGGAAAGCUCUGAAAAUGAUGGUCACCGAAAGGUACACCACCACCAAGGAGAAGAUGAUGAAGGACGUAGAAAAGGCAGAAUUUGUUAGCCUUACUGCUGAUAUGUGGUCUUCUAUCAAUAUGGAUGGAUACCUUGGUGUGACUUGCCACUACAUAACACCAGAGGCGAAGAUGGCAACAGUUGUACUGGGUGUAAUGAGGUUUUACCAAACCCAUACAGCCCAGCAUCUCAUGGAGGCUAAAACCUUGUUGAUGGCUGAGUGGGGAAUAACAUCCAAAGUUCAGUGCAUGGUGACAGACAAUGCUUCCAACAUGAUCUUAAGUGCCCAGCUGCUCAAUCUUCGCCAUGUCCCAUGCUUUGCACACAAUUUAAAUUUGAUUGUAAAAAAGGCUCUAGAUCAAACCCCACUCAUCAAUGACAUACGACAGAAAGCAAGAAAGAUAGUGGGGUUGUUUAGAUCCAGUUGCAAAGCAAAGGACAAGCUUGUGGAAAUGCAGACCUUGAUGGGUAGACCAAGUCUGAAACUGCUACAGGAGGUUGACACAAGAUGGAAUAGCACUUUCGACAUGCUGCAACGUCUGUAUGAGCAAAGAGAGCCAGUGGGAGCUGCACUUUCUGGUUUAAACAGUGAUACUGCUCCACUUUCAAGUUUGGAGUAUGACAUAAUUCAAGAAUCAUUGACAAUAUUGCAACCUUUUAAACUUGCAACAACAGAGUUGUCGGAGGAACAGAGAGUGUCUGCUUCAAAGCUCAUACCACUUUACAGGAUGUUGCAGCUCAAAAUGUCAGAGAAAAAAGGAAGUGCCAAUCAUGAAUCCACUAUACAAUUAGGCUCACACCUGCAAGAAGGUUUGCACUCCAGAUGUGGGGGGUACGAGACUUUUAGAGCCUUGGCUCUGGCAACACUGCUAGACCCAAGGUUCAAACAUGUUGCUUUUGGAAACCCUGCAAAAGCCCAGGAUGCUGAAAGGCACCUUACCACGGAGUGCGCAUCACUGAUGCGUACAAACCCUCCAACUCCUGAGCCACAACUGUCAGCAGCAGGUCCUUCAUCUUCAUCAUCAACAACAACACCAGCAGAAUCGCAGGACAAUUUAUGGGAACAUUUCGACAAUCGAAUACGUGAAACCCAGACAAUACAAAGCGCUACAGCUGAUGCCACUGUGGAAGUAAAAAAAUACCUGACAGAUGCAUUUUUACCAAGAACACAUGAUCCUCUGUCUUACUGGAAAGACAGAGCUGUUAUUUUUCCACAUUUGUAUGUACUUUCAAAAAAGUAUCUGUGCAUGCCAGCAACAAGUGUUCCUUGUGAGAGAAUUUUUUCUAAGGCUGGAGAAAUUAUAUGUAAAAAAAGAAGUAGGCUGAGUCCUUCAACAGCAGAGCAAUUGAUAUUUUUGAAUAAAAAUUUUGAAAUGUAACAAAUGUCUUUGUUGCUUCAUUUGUUUUAUUAAUGUCUCAUUAUUUGUUAAUGCAUUCAUCUCAUAGUUUCCAUUACUAUAAUAAUAUAUUCACAAUAAGG